AGUUGCUGUGAAUAAGCUAAGAAUGGUGAUGCAGUUUCAGGAGCUAGAAAAUCCAAUUCAAGGUAGUCCUCGUCACAGCCACACAAUGUCAGAAUUCAUCAUGGAAAUGAUGGGCACGAAGCCUGCUAAAGGUGUACUCACAGAAGAAGCAGCAGGUCCUCUGGGACAGAAUCUAGAAGUGGAAUUGUAUUCACAAUACAGCAAUGCUCAGUUUCCCCAAGUUCAGCCACAGAUUUCCUCAUCUUCUUAUUAUUCCAACUUGGGUUUCUACCCGCAGCAGCCUGAAGAGUGGUACUCUCCUGGAAUAUAUGAACUCAGGCGAAUGCCAGCUGAGACUUUCUACCAGGGUGAGACUGAGGCAGCAGAGCUUCCUGUAAUCAAGAAGGCGAGGAUGGGCACAUCGGCAGGGAGAAUUAAGGGGGACGAACUGUGUGUCGUUUGUGGAGACAGAGCAUCUGGAUACCACUAUAAUGCGCUGACCUGUGAGGGGUGCAAAGGUUUCUUUAGAAGAAGCAUUACCAAAAACGCUGUGUACAAGUGUAAAAAUGGGGGCAACUGUGUGAUGGACAUGUACAUGCGAAGGAAGUGCCAAGAGUGUCGACUAAGGAAAUGCAAAGAGAUGGGAAUGUUGGCUGAAUGUAUGUAUACAGGCUUGUUAACUGAAAUUCAAUGUAAAUCUAAAAGACUGAGAAAGAACGUGAAACAGCGUGCAGAUCAGCCCAUUAAUGAAGACAGUGAAGGGCGCGACUUAAGACAAGUGACCUCUACAACUAAAUCCUGCAGGGAGAAAACUGAACUCACCCCAGAGCAACAGAAUCUUCUACAUUAUAUCAUGGAUUCAUACAGCAAACAGAGGAUGCCUCAGGAAAUAACAAAUAAAAUUUUAAAAGAAGAAUUCAGUGCAGAAGAAAACUUUCUCAUUUUAACUGAAAUGGCUACUAGUCACGUACAGAUUCUUGUUGAAUUCACAAAAAGGCUACCAGGAUUUCAGACUUUGGACCAUGAAGAUCAGAUAGCUUUGCUGAAAGGGUCUGCAGUGGAAGCUAUGUUUCUCCGUUCAGCUGAGAUUUUCAAUAAGAAACUUCCAGUUGGACAUACAGACCUGCUGGAAGAAAGAAUUAGAAAGAGUGGUAUCUCUGAUGAAUAUAUAACACCUAUGUUUAGUUUUUACAAAAGCAUCGGAGAAUUGAAAAUGACUCAAGAAGAGUAUGCUUUGCUUACUGCAAUUGUUAUCCUCUCUCCAGACAGACAGUACAUAAAGGACAGAGAAGCAGUAGAGAAGCUGCAGGAACCACUGCUCGAUGUGCUACAGAAGCUGUGUAAGAUCCAUCAGCCUGAAAAUCCUCAACACUUUGCCUGUCUCCUGGGUCGUCUGACUGAACUGAGGACGUUCAACCAUCACCAUGCAGAAAUGCUGAUGUCAUGGAGAGUGAACGACCACAAGUUUACCCCGCUUCUCUGUGAAAUCUGGGAUGUGCAGUGAUGAGGGUGUGGGGGAGGGAGCGAGCCCUUUAUUUCCCUCCUAAUAGAAAUCUGAUGUAUAACUUUCCUUCAUUUCAUUUGUAACUGGUUCCACACA